AUGCCACCUCAAUUAACAUUCAUACAAUUAACAAAUGAAUUAACAAUACCCAUAAAGUUAUUUAUCAAAAAAUAUGAAAAUUCCAAAACUGCUCAAUCAAACACAUCAAAUAUUCAAUCAUUAUCAAUAAAUGAAGUAUCACCAAUAACAAUUCAUAAUAUAACAACUUUAAAAUUAUCAUCAAAUCAAAUUUCUUCAAUUGUUGACAAAAUAACACCACUAAUUAAACCAAUAGUAUAUGAUGUUGGAAAACAAGUACGGACAUACGACCUUAAGAUUGAUAAUUUAAAAUGUGUUGUCCCAGUUGAUGUAAUUAUACAAAUUAGAUUUAGACUAAGAUUAAUUGAUUAUGAAGAAGCUAAAAAAUCAUUAAGUGACUCAUUUUUCAAUACAAUGAUUAAAGAUCAAACAUUUAGCAGUAAAAAGGAAGAGGAGACGGAAAUUGUGUUCAAUGUUGAAGAGACUGAUGAACCGUUGCUAAAUCCUGAUGAUAUUGUUGAAAUUACAGAUGAGAAAAUUAACGAGAAUCAGGAGGAAGAAGAAGUAGUAGAUGAUAAGAAAAAUUAUAGUAAUUAUCUGCUAAAGGGUAAACUGAUUGUUGGAGAUUUUACAAAUUGUAUAAAAGUUUAUGUGUAUUAA